UACUGUUACAUUUGAAGAACAGAAACACUAGCAGAGAGUCUAUAUGGGCAUGGCCUGUUUCACACCAAUCUCUUCAGAUCAGUUUCUACUAAGUUUGACAGGGCCACAAACUACAUCCUAGUAUGUAUAGGUUUGCUCUAUAUGUACCUUAUAACCUGGGAACUGAGUGCCUAUAAUGGUUACAGGACAUUUUUGCUUGUUGACUGCAUUUGUUGACUGAAUUGAGCAUAUAAGAGUGGCAAAAAUUGGACCAAGAAAGGAAGUUGACCUCAAGAAAACAAGAACACAACAGCGACGCUGUACAUACUCCCUACCAGCUGGUGGCGGUAAUGCGCCAAUUUGUCGCUCGCCUCGCCAACCGCCCAAAAAAAGAACUCAAGAAGAAGAAGAAGUAGUAGUAGAGGCGGUAGCUCGCUAACUAUCAUAACAGCGAGCUGGAUCACAAAGGCUGCCAAACCUGUCACUGGUCGGUCAGCCCUGGGGCCACUCCCCUGCCCAGGUGAAGGAAAUCUCUCCAUACAUAUGCCACGUCUUGAUGCCUAAGUAGACUCCAGAUCCAAUGAACUCAAGGGAAACCUCUCCAGCGAGAGGACUACGCCAACAAUGAAAGGUGAUCCUUGGAAAACAAAAAAAAGAAAACGCAAGAAGACGCCAGCGAAGAAAGUGGUCACAUCCCCAGGCUCUGUGGAAUCUCACACUGUGCCAGGCGCUGACCGUGCCGCUGUCAGUGCCUCGGCAUGUUCCUUACCAAGUACUCCAAAAAGAAGCAGGAGACAAACAACGCAAGAAGUCUGCUGGACCUCCACACCUGUACACAGCUCCUCCAUCUGUGACAAAACCUCAAAGUCCCCUCCAAGAGCAAAGCUGGCAGAGCUAGAAUACACUGAAGUCAUCACUCAGUUAGAGGCAUCCAAGGUCGAUUCAUCAUGCUGCCGGUCAAAAUAUCAAAGCAAAUGCAAGAAAGGUCAGGCUUCCCUGCCAAGACAACUCAGAAAAAGAGUGACGAAGGAGCAAGCACAGACCUGCAGUGAAACAAACGCUCCACAAGCAAAGCGCCGGCGCGGCAAGACGGGGAAGGACGAGAGAGGGAAUUUACAGAGGCAUACCACUCCUCAGUCACCUGUACGCACUAGACCAAGAUUUGAACUGAAGAGGCCUGGUGCAGAAGAUCAAGAUGAGUCUUUGCUGUCGUCAGAUCUAUCGAUAGAGCUGAGUCACCACGAGGAACAGCUGCCAUCUUUGUCUUUCCAGGAAGAUGAGGACAGUGUGGAGGAGGAGGAUGAGGAGCUUCCAAGUUUCUUAAUGCAGGUGUACAAAAAGCCUCCAUCCAUCACAGAAGGAGCAUUUGUGUGGCACAAAGUUAGAAAUUAUCCAUUCUGGCCUGCAUUGGUAAAAAGUGUGAAUCGUAAGCAGAAAAAAGCCAGCAUCAUAUUCAUUGAUGACCCAAUGAUUCACAAAAAGAGAGGGUUUUCUGUGGCUCUGAAAAUCCUGAAGCCUUUUGACUGUGAAGAAGCCAAUCAGCUCGUGUGUAAAGCCAAAGAAGAGUAUGAAGCUGCAAUUGAGUGGUCCAUGGACCUCAUCACAGACUACAGAAUACGUAUUGCAUGUGGAUCGUUUUCUGGCUCCUUCAUCGAGUACUUUGCUCAUGACAUGAGCUAUCCAGUGAGGAGGAAGUACCCAGAGGCAGCCUCAGAGAGACUGACCAUCACUAGUGAUUCAAUGAUGGAAGAGUCAUUUGACAAUCUUAAGGAGGGCAGCUUCAGUGAUCAGCAGGGGAAGGCCAGCAGGGGCUCCAAGAGGCUGCUGCCAGACCGGACCCAUGCUGCCCACAAUCGGGCUAAUGAAAAACUUGUACAUUUCAUCGUCAAGCAGCGCAUGGUUGAAGGACGCCUUCUGGCUGUAAUCCGCGGGCAGCAGCAGUCCAGAUGGCUUCGCUCCUUUCAGAGUGCUAAUCGCAGACGGGUGGUAAACACAUACCUGGAGGACGAACAGCAGUUGGACCAGGUCUACUGGUACCUAAACGAGCUCUACUCGACAGCGAUGGCCACCGCUCCUUGCCUGGCAGAGAUGAAACCCUUGGAACGUGUCCCUUUUGUCCUGGAUGUGCUUCUUCCUGAGGCCAUCAUCUAUGCCAUAGCUGGUGUUGAUAAAGUCUCUGCAAAAAAAGCAGAGGAAAAGUACCUGAAAGGACGAUGUCUAAGCAACAGGGAAAGACAGGAGUUUGAUUUGAUGAUUGAGCAGCAGAUAAGGGAAAAAUCCCAGCAUCAGAACAGUGCACUAUUUUCUGACCCAAUCAGUUAGAGGAUUGAAUAUUGUUUAUGUUUUUUUUAAACAGAAUAAUUUCCUCCUUUUUUUAUUCAAAUGUUUGGUUUACAGGUAAUGUGGCUUUAUCUGUGUGCUUUGCUGUCCGUAGUAAACUAAAGCAGUCUCAGCUUUUUUCUGCAUUUUGUAAAAACACUGUACAAAUUAGUUUCUGGAUUGUAAACGCAGUUGAAAGUAUGAAUCCAGACAGAUGGCUUUAAAAAAAAAAAAAAGAAAGCUUAAAUGAUAAUAAAAUGGCUGUACUGCCAAAUUAAUCACAGAG